AUGUCGAGCAGAAACCGCGUCGAGUUUUCCGAAGAGCGUGAGUAUUACAGGGAGCCGCGCCGCGCCGCCCCGGUCCGCGAGUACGAUGAUGUUACCGACAUUCGGAUUACAGAGGACCGCGUGCCUUCUUUCAUGCGUGAGGAGAGACGACCCGAGCCGGGCCCGUUGGUCCUCAGAUCAAGGGAGAUCGAGACGGUUGAGCGGCCGAGGCGGAGGUCGCCCAGCCCUGUUGUUCGUGUGCGCGAGUCUCGCAUUGAGCGGGCAAGGAGCAUCAGCCCCCCUCCCAGACGUGUUGUCGAAGAGGAUAUUCGUUUUCGCCAAGUCGAGAGGGUGAGGGAGCCGAGCCGCGCACCGAGCGAAAGAGUGCGAAUUGUCGAGCGUGCGCGCUCCCCGAGCCCCCCUUCACAGACGAUGGAGAGGAUUCGCAUUGUCGACCGAGGCCGCUCGCCAUCCCCAUCUCGGGAGCGAAUUCGCAUCAUCGACAGGCAGAAGGAGCGCGUUCGAAGCCCGAGCCCGCCCCCCAAGGUCGUCAAGGGACCCGUCAUCGAGAGAGAAGUAAUUACGCACUACCGAGAUAUUGACCAUGGGAUUGUGGCCGCCCCCCGGCCAGCCCCACCGCCUCCCACUCGCACGAGGGACCGUGAGACCGAUAUCGACAUCUACACAUCGCGUAAUGAGACCGAGGUUGACAUCCACAAGCACUCUUCUCACAGCCACACCCGCAGGCAGUCUCAAUCGCGGGAGCGACCCUCCCGACCUGCGUAUGCAUAUGAUGACGAGGUUCUCGUCUACUCGGACCGUGAUCGGGCGGACCGGAGACACCUUCAUGUAGAUAUUGAUCAGCACCGGAGCACCUCACGGGGCCGCCGCGCCCAGUCGGCAGCACCUCCUUCCAACCGCGAAUUCGACGAGGAGGCGUAUGAAAUCACCUCCAAGAUCGAUGCACGCGGUAGGAUGGGCGAGGCUCGGGGCGGCAUUACCAAGGACUGGACCAUCGUUGACGUGCCUCCCGGAACGGAGCGCGUGCGCAUGGACGGUGCCGGUGGCGCAUCGGCCGAGGUGACUUGGCAAAAGUACAGCGGCGUGCGCCGAGCCAAGUUCAUUCCCGACCGCGAUGAGAAAGGCACGAUGGUUUCUACAUCGACGACUGUCUCAGACCGCGAGGUGGUGCGCGACCAUGACCACGACCGGAGACUGAGCGUUCAGAUAACGACAAAGGACAAGGAGCGCGACGUCGAUGUUACAGACAGGCGGGUCACUAUCCGCCCGCCGGCGCCGCCAUCCCCUUCGCCGCGUCGCAGUGAAAUGUGGACCGAAAUCACCAAGGACCUAGUGAUCCGUGAGGCGAUUGACGAGAUGGGUUACGAGUAUGAGGAGACUGAAUACUUCUUUUAUGUCAUCCAGUAUCUGCGCUACGAGGAUGUUCUCCGACUUGUCCAGCUUUCCGACGCCAUCCGAAAGGCCCGCAAGGACCGCGCCUAUGAAAUCCAGUGGGAGCGCGAAGUCCGUGAUGGAUAUCGCGACGAAUAUCGCGAGACUGACUACCACAUCCACGCGCACAAGCACCGUCACUCGGAAAGCCAGAGCCGGUACGACGAUGACCGCGUUGUCGAGCGCGAGGUCGUCUACGAGAACCGCCCCUCGAGAGGAUACCGCUGA